AUGUCAUCUCACGACAGCGCGUCCAAGCCCGAUCUUUCAUCCGCCGAAGACGACUUGCUUUUCGACAGGAAUCGAGACCUUUAUAAUCAUUACUUCGUACGUCGAGGAGAUGGACCGCUGGAGGAACAACUGCGCCUCUCUGACCAGCGCCUCGCCGAUGGUCUACAACUAGAGAACGCUGCUGCACUGCAGACGAGUGGACGUCUCGGUUUACGCGGUCUCGCACCGCGGGCCUUCGUGCAGGACCUAUUGCAGUCCCGCCUGUAUGGCGGUGACCACGGCGCCCAUGCUCUGCGCAACACUGCCUUGCUGUGCGCAGGCUCACCGUCUGAACUAGAGGGCAAGGUGGCGCUCGACCAACUGCUGGACAGUCAAGCCCGCAAUCCGCUCGUCAGAACCGCGCAAUAUCGUGAUAUUGGUGGGCUCUGGUGGCGUCAUGAGGAGCCGUUGCCUAUGCGCGACGCUAGUGCGCUUGUGGCUGCUGAUGCUGCGUACUUUCUUCUUACAAUGCCAGGUCUCUCGUCGUACCGAAGUCCUGACACUAGCAACGGGCCUUACGUCGGGAGACCGGAAGGCGCUGAUUUGGUGAACCACCUUCAAGGUGGACUGAUCACGGUGGAGAACAAAGUUGCGAGAAAGGUGAGGGCUUGGGAGAAAGUGAAGGCUGCAUACAAUUGUCGGCUCCUUCACGCGUUCGCAGCUACUCAUGGCAACGACGUGUUGACCCCCGCGGAGACGGAGGAACUGACGCGCGGGGAGCACAAACGUCGGUUGGUAGAAAAAGAAAUCGUCCGCCGAGUAAAAGCACCCUCUUCUCUACGGCCAACAAAGCCCCCAUACUUCAAGGGAUCAAUUGCUUGGCGGCGACCGGUGCCUGAUAUGGACGAAUAUUGCGACGAGAGGAACCGUCGUGCUGAGCAAUAUUUGGCAGCGCUCGGUCGGGAGAAGGACACGGUUUCCAAACCCAAGACAUGA